AUGGAUCUAAUAGGCCCAAUCUCCCCAAAGUCACGACAGAAGAAGUGGAUAUUAAUAGCGACAGAGGUCUGUAUCAAGUGGGUAGAAGCAGUGGCCCUCUCAACCACAACAGGACAGCUCGUGGCUAAUUUCAUUAAGGAAAACAUCAUAUGUUGCUUUGGCGUACCUCGGGUUAUAUUAUUAGACAACGGAACCCCUUUUAUCAACAGCAAGGUUCGAGCCCUUCUCCAAGGAUAUCAUGUGACCCAUCACACGUCAAUACCCUAUUACCCCAAGGGCAGCGGCCAAGCGGAGGCCACCAACAAGACCCUGCUUAGAAUCUUGAGCAGGACUCUGAAAGAGCAGCACGACAAAUGGGCAGAGCAACUGCCCCUUGCGCUUUGGGGCAACCGCACUACCAUAAAGGGGGCCACUAAUGCCACGCCUUUUUCUGUAGUUUAUGGAACAGAGGCGGUUUUUCCCAUCGAAAUAACGGUAUCAUCAGGAAGCUUAGUGAUCGAUCUUAUUGACAGUCGUGGAGAGUACCAACUUCCUCAUCGAAUUUUUCAGAUCUCGUCUUGCCCAAUGCUGAGAUGCCCAGAGAACAAAAUCAGACCAAGAAGAGGGAUGAGCGUGAAAUCUGGUAAUGUUUUGAAGGUGAACCCAAAUUGGCCUUGUGAAAUUGCAAGCAAAAAAAAGGUGGUCAUAGGUCUCGUUGACCACAUUACAGAAGAGGCAGAGCCUCGAUCCAUUUACCAUCCUCAUUCGGCUUCGAUCCAUAGUGGAGAGCCUGCCUUGAACAGCCAACCAUAA